AUGAUCCGAGACUACACCUACCACAACUCGGCCAAAUCUCAGCCCCCAGCCUUCUACUGUUUCUUCCUGGAAGUAUCGCUGAAGUCUCCAAAAAUGGGCUCCAGAUCGCUGCCUGAGGAUUCUCCUCAGAUGAUGGCGCUGCGAAGAAAAAUCGUGCUUUCUAUUCUCUUUAUUUGCGCUUGCAUAGGAACGCCGAUAUGGAACUGGACAACGAGGCUAUACCGCGCUGAGUUACCUUACGACCAGAUAUACGCGCUACAGGCACAUGCUUUGGAAGAAGUGCACAUCGAGAUCCCCAUAGAGGUGAAAAGUUCGUCUGAAAUCAUAGACGUGACUCAGACGCUGUUGGAUUCACGCAUAGGCUUGAUUUUGGGAUCGCAGCCACGUGUGGACUGGAGGAUACAGCUGAAGGAGGCCGACUCCGUGCCUAGCAAUGCCGGUUAUCUGCUGGAAUUGAUCGAUCCUGACGAUGACAGCACGUUCCAAGACGUCGACGGCUUCCGUCUGAGACUCCGACUCAACUCCGAUAACGAUAUAUCGACUCCGGAACAGAUAUCUGACUAUCUAAUAGGGGAGAUCUUCCGAUCGGAGCUGGAUUCGCUGAAGAGCCCUCACGAGGACGAUCUCAUGACGAUCCCAUAUUCUUCGACCUACCAUAUUUCGCUGAGUUUGCUACAGGGAGCUGGGGAUAUCAUGGACUGGGACGUGGAAAGAUGCAGCCAAGAAUUCCAGCAGUAUCUUGAGUUUCUGAGACCCAUUGCCAGUUUCUCGUUGGACUCCCAGGUCGGGUACUACGCCAGUCUAUCAGAGGACACCCUUAAGAACAUCUGGGAUGAGGAGUCGCAGACUUAUCUGCUGACAGAGAAGGAGAUGUCAACAUUCAUCGACCACUCGGAGUGGGGACUGGAAGAAAACACCAUAUCUGAGAACGUGAUCAAUUUUGUGGUGUAUGUUCCUUCCGAGGCCAACUCACCGAUAACGAUAAAGGGGUCCAACUCAAACAGCUUCUUGGUACCACAAUGGGGAGGACUCAAGAUUCACAAUGCACCUAAAGGUUUACCGAUAAUCCUCGAACACGAUACGUUGAGCCCAAUAAUGGAGAUUUUUGCCUCUCAGUUGCUAUCGCUGUUGGGAAGUCCCAAAACUCCUGGAAGCUUUGCCAUACGGAUUGACAUACUCACGAGGGUAAGAACCAUCAAGAAUAUAGAAAGGGCCCUCAACAAUCUCCUGUCAUUGGCCAAACUGACCAAACAGCUUCCCACGAUCUCGAUCCCGGACUUCACUCUUGCGUACGUGGAAUCCGCUCUGAGGUCCAUCAACUCGGCAAUCACCCUAAUCAACUCACAGGACUUUGCAGAUGCCAACAAGCUCUCGAUUGAGGCGGUGGACCAAUCUAACCGUGCUUUCUUCGAGAAGGACAUGAUCCAGCAGAUGUAUUUUCCAGACGAACACAAGAUGGCUGUCUACGUUCCUUUGCUAGGUCCGUUUGCAACAAUCAUCUUUUUGGGUACUCUGAGGAUUUUCAAGGAGUGGAGUUCAAUGAGGAAAGAGGCAAGCAAAAUGGCUUCAACGACCGAAAAAGCACGAACCUAA